GUGGCCGGAGGAGGGACCGGGAGGAGGGACCGGAGCAGGGACCGGCAGCCCCGGCCCGGCGCCGCCCCGGAAGCAGCGGGGAAGGCGGCGGGGCCGCCAUGGGCCGGGCAGUGACCGUGGCCACCUGCGCCCUCAACCAGUGGGCUCUGGACUUUGAGGGCAACCUGGAGAGGAUUUUCAGAAGUAUCGACAUCGCCAAGAGCAAAGGAGCCCGGUACCGGCUUGGGCCAGAGCUGGAAAUCUGUGGUUAUGGCUGCUCAGAUCACUUUUAUGAGUCAGACACACUCUUGCAUUCGUUUGAAGUUCUGGAAAAGCUCUUGGAGUCUCCAGCUACUCAAGAUAUUAUCUGUGAUGUGGGAAUGCCUGUUCUGCACAGAAAUGUUCGCUACAAUUGUCGGGUGAUCUUUUUAAAUAAGAAGAUUCUUCUGAUCAGACCAAAAAUAUCACUGGCAAAUGCAGGAAACUACAGGGAACUUAGAUGGUUCACCCCAUGGAGCAAAGCAAGGCAUGUGGAGGAAUAUUUUCUGCCCAGGAUAAUUCAGGAAGUGACUGGACAGGAAACUGUUCCUUUUGGGGAUGCAGUGCUAGCAACCAAAGAUACCUGCCUAGGGGCAGAAAUAUGUGAAGAACUCUGGGCACCAAACAGCCCUCACAUCGAGAUGGGACUUGAUGGCGUGGAAAUUUUCACCAACUCUUCCGGGAGUCACCACGUGCUGCGGAAGGCUCACGCCCGGGUGGAUCUGGUGAAUUCUGCCACAGCAAAGAAUGGUGGAAUAUAUAUUUUGGCAAACCAGAAAGGCUGUGAUGGUGAUCGUCUGUAUUACGAUGGCUGUGCAAUGAUUUCCAUGAAUGGAGAAACAGUUGCACAAGGAUCCCAGUUCUCACUCGAUGAUGUGGAGGUGCUGGUUGCCACUCUGGACCUGGAGGAUGUAAGAAGUUACAGAGCAGAGAUUUCAUCUCGUAACCUGGUGGCAAGUAAAGUGAAUCCUUAUCCCAGGGUAAAAGUGAACUUUGCUCUGUCGUGUCCUGAUGAUUUAGCUGUUCCUACUUGUAUGCCAAUCCAGUGGAGACACCACAGUCCUGAGGAGGAGAUCAGCCUUGGACCUGCAUGUUGGCUCUGGGACUAUUUAAGGCGCAGCAAACAGGCAGGAUUUCUCCUACCUCUGAGUGGUGGAAUUGACAGCUCUGCUACAGCUUGCAUAGUGUAUUCCAUGUGUCGCCAGGUUUGCCUGGCAGUCAAGAAUGGCAAUGCAGACGUGCUGGCUGAUGCACGCAGGAUUGCGAAUGAUGAGACCUACAUCCCUGAGGAUCCUCGGGAAUUGUGCAAGCGUGUCCUCACCACGUGCUACAUGGCCAGUGAGAACUCCUCCCAGGAAACCUGCAACAGGGCCAAGCUGCUGGCUGAGCAAAUAGGCAGCUACCACAUCAACCUGAACAUCGAUGCGGCUGUGAAAACUGUUGUGGGGAUCUUCAGUGUGGUGACAGGUCGAACUCCCCGGUUUUCUGUCUAUGGAGGGAGCAGCAGAGAGAGCCUGGCGCUCCAGAAUGUGCAGGCUAGAAUAAGAAUGGUCCUUGCCUACCUCUUUGCUCAGCUGACACUGUGGGCUCGUGGGAUGCCAGGGGGACUGCUGGUGCUGGGAACAGCCAAUGUGGAUGAAAGUCUCCGUGGUUACUUGACCAAGUACGACUGCUCCAGUGCUGAUAUCAACCCCAUUGGUGGCAUCAGCAAGACGGAUUUGAAGAGCUUCAUUCAGUACUGCAUUGAAAACUUCCAGCUCACGGCCCUCAGGAGUAUAAUGUCAGCUCCACCCACUGCAGAGUUGGAGCCCCUGGUGGAUGGACAAGUGGCUCAAACUGAUGAGGCAGAUAUGGGGAUGACAUAUGCAGAGCUCUCAAUCUAUGGGAAAUUAAGGAAAAUUGGAAAGGCUGGACCAUACAGUAUGUUCUGUAAGCUGAUUAAUAUAUGGAAGGAAAUUUUUACUCCAAGAGAGGUGGCAUCCAAGGUUAAGCAUUUCUUCAGGAUGUAUUCAGUCAACAGGCACAAAAUGACCACCCUCACUCCUUCCUACCACGCUGAAAACUACAGUCCAGAUGACAACCGCUUUGACCUGAGGCCUUUCCUCUACAACACCUCAUGGUCCUGGCAGUUCAGGUGUAUAGACAAACAGGUAUCCAAGCUAGAAAAAAAGGAAGGAAUUUCUGUAGUUGAAGAUGUGGACUGACUUCCUGUCUUGUUUAACUGUGGUAAUUAAUUUGCCAAACAGAAUGUUCAAAACUGGAUUAUAUUGUGAUAAUGAGCAGGGAUAACCUGCUUAACAGUUCUUGAGCAGACCAUUGUAAUCAAUUUUUUAAUUGACUCCCCGUUUUACUCCAAAUAUACUUAAACAGUAGUUUGGCUAAGGGAUCAUUUAUUAAGGAUUUCCUUCAACUUCUUGAGUUAAUUGCUUUUAAUUUAAAAACUCACCUUACUUUGCAAUAAACUUGUAAUUUUGUCAUGCUAAUUAACUCAGUUCUUGUUCUACACGUUUUUUUAUUUACCUGGCACUGGCUUUGUAGACUGGUCCAGUGUUUUGAGUGGCCACAAAGUCAAACUCGGCAAGGUGUUGGAAGCAUGUCUGUCU